GAGCGCCGGUGCCGUCGGCCGUAUUGCGCCCAGCCGCCGCCGCCAGCCCGCCACGGCCCCACCCCAACCCCACCGGUCGCAUCGCCUCGCCGGCGCACGCGCGCCGGCAUCCAGCCGCCCAUCCGCGCGCGACCACGCGUCCGCUGACGCAGAGGCACCCACCCCGCCCCGUGACCCGCCCAAAUCCCCUCCCGUCUGAGCCGUCUCCUUCGCUGCGCCCGCCUCGAGUCCCCACGGAUUUAUCCGAACCUCUCCAGCGAAGCUCCCCCAUCUCCCUCCCUGGCCCCCUCCCACACCGAAAAGGCCCCGCGCCCCCACGUUCGCCACGUGCCCGCCACCUCCCUCCGCCGCGCGACCCGGCAGCCUCCUCCGUCGGCGGGAACGAGAUCGCGAGCCCCGCCGUCGCGGGUCGCGGCAGCAGCGAGUAGGAAGCAGGCGGGCGGGCGGGCCAUGGGGACGCUCCUCCGGCCGGGGCCCGCCGCGGCCGCGCCGCCGAUCCCCGUCACCUCCUCCUCGGCCCACGUGGCAGCCGUUGGCGGUGGCGGGUUUGGUGCGAGGAGCUCGCGGCAUCGGGUGUCGGUGGGGGCCUUCUGGACCCCGAGCCCGCAGGUUCUCGAGACGAGGUGGCGGCAGCGGCGGAGAGAUACGGUGGUUGUGCGCUCGGAUGUUGUCGCCGGUGGCGCCGCAGCCGCAGCCGGGGAUUCCACGCAGGCGCUGUCAGACCUGCAAGUGGCUUCAAGAGUCAGAGGGGUUUGCUUCUAUUUGGUGACUGCAGUUGCAGCAAUCUUUUUAUUUGUAGCUAUGGUUGUGGUUCAUCCACUCGUUUUGCUAUUUGACCGGUACCGUAGAAGAGCACAGCACUACAUUGCGAAGAUUUGGGCUACUUUGACAAUUUCCAUGUUCUACAAGCUUGAGGUUGAGGGAAUGGAGAAUCUACCUCCAAAUAACAGCCCUGCUGUCUACGUUGCUAACCAUCAGAGCUUCUUGGAUAUCUAUACCCUUCUAACUCUAGGGAGGUGCUUCAAGUUUAUAAGCAAGACCAGUAUCUUUAUGUUCCCUAUUAUAGGGUGGGCGAUGUAUCUCCUGGGUGUGAUUCCUCUGCGCCGUAUGGACAGCAGGAGCCAGCUGGAUUGUCUCAAGCGGUGUGUGGACUUGGUUGGAAAAGGAGCAUCUGUAUUUUUCUUUCCGGAGGGGACUCGAAGUAGAGAUGGCAAGUUAGGUGUAUUUAAGAGGGGCGCUUUCAGUGUUGCCACAAAGACCGGUGCUCCUGUGAUACCUAUUACUCUUAUCGGGACUGGGAAAUUGAUGCCUUCUGGAAUGGAAGGCAUUCUCAAUUCAGGUUCAGUAAAGGUGAUUAUUCACCGACCUAUUCAAGGGAAAAAUGCAGAAACAUUAUGUUCCGAAGCAAGGAAUGUGAUAGCAGACACUCUUCUUCUACAUGGUUAUGGAGUGCACUAGAGCAAUUAGGUGCUUUGGUCUAUUUCCAAGAAGACAUUCCAAGGCAGAGUACUUGAGGCAAAGCUCGUUACCAGGAUGUAAAGGCAGGAGUGGGAAAAAAUGGCUGGAUUGGUAGUUGUAACUUGUAACAUGUGGUCCAAUGUUGCAAUCCCCCUUUCCCUUUUUUUUUUUUUUGCUGUGUAACACUACAAAGCGAUGUAAAAGGCUGAGAGGUCACUUCAUCGAUGGAAAAUAAGGCCCAUGUGAAUUCUGUCAUUUUGCAAUGGAAUUCCCCCCUUGGUUUGUGCCCUGAACAGGCCGACCGGGGACCUCAAAAAGCAGUUUUGGCUCAAAGUUGAACAUGGGAGCAUCAAAGCCCAGACAAUAUUUGUUUUACUGUACUAUCUUGAUGUAGCCGGCCGAAGGCUCCCUAACAAGAUUUGUCAGUUGCUCCUUUGCA